AUGCCAACCACGGGGAACGUCACGUGUCUCUGCAAGCGAGUGUAUGAGCGCUGUGGUCGUCGCCCUUCCACCAUGACAGACGACAAGCACCUGCUCAACCGUCUCUCAACAAUCUCUGCUCUCUACAACAGGCUCGAUGGCUGCAUGGACAGCCCAGGUCUCGAGCUGUCACAGUUCCUUCGAGAGCUAGGAUUUCAGGCAGCUCAAGCCGCAGACUACGUCGACCAAAGGAUUGCAUCUCUGCCAACAGCUCUUCCUGCCACAGACCCCAACAUAGACCCCAACAUAGACCCCAGCAUAGACCCCAGCAUAGACCCCAGCAUAGACCCCAGCAUGGCUCCAAGCACAGCUCCCAGCACAAAUACAUCAGUGGAAAUUGCCCAACAGCGAUAUGAUUCCAUUCUCGCGCAUAUACCUGAAAAAAUCGACCCCUUUCAACUCCACGAAUAUCUAUCGACAACUCACGACCAAUCGCACAACAACAAAACACAUGCGCAAUCGGAAGACGAGGCAUUCCGUCGCUUAUUAUGUGGAUAUGAAGCAGGUAGCGACGAAAUCUGGGCAAGUCCUAACAUCUUUAUUGAGAACCUUUUUCAUUCCGUAACCAAGCCAAAUUACAACGAAAUCUACAUCCAAUCCAAAGCAAACAACGACUUGCCGCUAGCUGAAAGCCUUCACAACCGCGAUUUGGCAAGUCUUCCCCACUUCCUAUCCUUCUUUCUGACCAAAGCACAGUUUUUACACAACUGUCACUCAAACCAAACCAUCGACCGCUACGUCAAUUUUAUCUUUCAAAGCAUCGAAACUAUAAAGUUUACCAAACAUUGGAACGACCUCAAAACCCUACCACGUGGCCAAUCAAUCAAGAAACACCACCUCCUGCAACUAUUCAAAUCCCUCCACAUCAACCUAUACGAGGACCUCGCCGUCGCAGAAAACACACUCAAUACCAAAAUUGAAGAAUGCGGGGACAUGGUCGACCUUUACCGCGAAUACGUAAACAUUGUCAUGUCGUCACUGCCCGCAACACCCUACUUUCCAUGUAUACCAAACCACUUUGUAGUACAUCAACAUGUUGUGUUGGCGCGUCCUGUUUAUAUGAUCCAACAUGUCCUGUUGGCACACCAUGACAUGGAUCCUCCUCCCCUUGCACAGGCCUUCCACAACCCCAGAGAAAAGGCUAUCAAUCGUCUCAUUCAACUAGGGGAUGCUCCCCCUCCCAUCAUGAAUGCUCCUCCCGAUGAUUCCGAUAGAUUUAUCCGAAGGGCACUCCCUAAAUCGCGCAAGGAUGACACGGCACACCCACAUUGGAAAAAACUGUUCGAGGACCUCAGCAACGAUGGCCCUGCAUUCAUGGUAAUCCUGAACGACUUGGACAGUUGGCUCACCACAGUCCAAUCACAUUCCUCGCCGAGCAGUCAGAAAAAGCAUGAUGCAAUGGAGUUCAAAUGGUCCAAAUUCAUCACCACACUCGAGCCUGGGAUAAACGAGGACCGUAUAUGGCAUUCAGAUGUCAUCCUCAAGCACAGUGACAAAUUCUUGUAUGUCCUUAACCACCUCUCUCGAGGUUCAAAAGGGCACGAAAAUGUAAAGGUGACAACACUCCAAGAGUACAUGAUGCUAUUCAUGUGGUGCAUUGCCCGAAACUCAAGAGAUCCCGAUACGCUAUCAACAAAUGGCACGUUUCUACUUUCAAAAAAAGGGGUCCUCAAGAUGCUAAAUGAUCAGCUAUACCAUAUCAUCAAAACCUUUGAACUCGACCGUCAUCAAGACGAAAAGAUUUAUUUUGGUCAUUCCGAAAUCAAACUCAUGAUAGAGACUGCCCUCAAAAAUUCUGCAGAAUCUGGCCGCAUUGCCACCAUCCAUUCAAUUUGUAUUCUUCUAACAUGUUUUUACACGAGUAUCCGACCAGGAUCAAUGGGUUGGUCCUUUGUUCAGUAUCUACAAGAAGGAAAGGGACACAAUACAACGGUGGAUGGACAAAUGUGUGAAUAUUGGCUCAAGCCAGUUCAACGGUGGGAAAAUGUCAUGUUUGACAUUGCAUUUUGGUUUGUACUUUAUCUCAUGACAUUGGACGAUCUUCGCAACCACACAAGUUACAUCCUUCCGAUCAAGGAAGAGAAGCUAAAGGAACCUUUGUUCCUCGCUUGUACCACCGCAGGCCGUGACUUUGAUAUACCCCUUCGACCAAUGUCGUCACAUGCCGCAUCUGCAGCAUGCAGUAACCUGGCUCGAGAGGCUGGUAUGAUCAAAUCAAGUUUGUAUUCAAUUCGGAGGGAAACCGCCAACCGGUAUGAACUGCUUAUUGGAAGAGCGCACGCUUCACUCAUCAUGGGCCAUGUCGAUGCAGCGUCUUUGAAACAUUACUCUCACAACACUGGCAAUAUUGAUCUUGUCGGAAUCACUAUGAAUGAACUUCUAGGAAGUCAUAAUAUCAACGAUUUACACGCCCAUGAAAUGAACAAAGAUUCAACACCCGCCAUUCAGGCUGUUCUCGCACUCGUCAAUCUCACAGCAACAGAAAAUGAAGAUAACAUCACCCCAGUCAACCCCAAGCUCUCACCAGAACAAAAGCUAGAGCUUCAGAUGCAGAGUGCAACACAUGGGACACUUGGGUUGCAUGCUACACAGCUCGCUCUAAUGGCACUUGGUUUGGUUAUAUCAUUGACAAAGCGGGGUCAAGUAAAUCUAGAUGCUAAAGAAAACGAAAGACGUGUGACAUCCCUUAAAGCGAGUAUGCAAGACAUGAGAAAUGCUGCUGAUCAACUUGCCAAACCAUCACACUAUCUCACUGCGGCAGCCGCUCCAAUUUCAACCCUACUUCCUGUUCCUCCUCCACCAGGUCCAUCCACUUCAUCUUCUAUUCCAUACCCUGAAGAUGAAUUCAUUCAGCAGCUGGCAGCCAAAAUGCAAACCAAGGAGGAGGAGGAGCAGGAUGUUGAAGAAAACGAGGAAGGCGUAGAUCUUGAAAUCGAGGGUUUUUACAAAUCCGCUGUCAGAUUCAUCAGUACCGGAGGAAAGCCUGAUGACUCGAGAGGUAAACCUGAUGACCUGCGACUGCUUGUCGACGAAAACGAGGUAGCAACGAGCAUAGCAGACUUGGAGGCACCACCUCCUGCAGACGUAGAGUUUACUGCGUCGGAGAUCCGCUCCUCUUUCAUGGCAGUCGUUCUACAACCAAUCUUGCUUGAAAGAUCAUUGAAGGCCAUGUCAGACGAGAAUGAUGGUAAAUGGCAGUGUCUGCAUUGCCAAAGGCUUUAUGGUCAUGACCCAGAGGCACAAGAUCAUGACUAUAAAUCGAAAUACCAUUUAGAACGCCACAUCUCAAGUAAACACACAAAGUGGAUGGACCUUGUUCUUCAAAUGCUCACAUCACACGAUGAUGUGUUCAAAUGUCCAACUGAGGGUUGCACCUUUAUGUUGGUGUUUUUAUUUUUAUUAUUUGACUUUAUUGAAAACAUUUCUGCUAGGGCCAAAACUGAGGCUCGCGUUCGCACACACUGCCUUGAAGAUUGCAUGGAAUGCGACUUAUACGUUGCCCUGGCUGACGCCCACAACGAACAGAAAAAGGAGAGACAGCCCAAAGGCUGCACCCAAAUCUCAAGUGCCCAGGUCGCAAAGCAAAGUCUAAGACGCAGGUAUUGUUAUACUGAAGUAUUGAAAGAGGUCCAGUCCAUCGUUGAUGAUUUUGAUUUGGAGGAUGAGAAACAACGCAUGGCAUUGCAGGCCGUUGUCGAUGGCCUGGUCAACCAGGCUAAUAGUUUCUUCAUGGCAGAUAACAGCAUGCCAGUCACGGUGUCAGAACUCACUGACCUUGCUGAUGAACUUUCUGAGUUGUCAGAAGCUUCCGAGGACUCUGACUAA